AUGGCUAUCCGCUCAAUGAAGUUCACACCGGAGGUCCUCCUCGGCGCACCUAGACGCUCUUCGGCCGUUCCAAACGCGGCGGGUACCCUGGCAGUCUACACUCAAACGUCCUACUCCUUCGAGUCACACUCCAAGACUAAUGAGAUUCGAGUCAUUGAGAUCGAGACUGGUCGGUCCGCUCUCAUCACCAAUGAUCCCGGUGCCAGCAAUCCUCAGUGGCUCGGAGGUGAGGACCAGUUGGUUUGGCUGAAGAACAAGUCCAACGGGAACACUAGCUUUAUCGUCGGUGAUGCACGCGAAGCCGAUAAGACUUACACUGCGGGUACUGUUCCGGGUCCAGUCUCGGACUUGAAAUUAACAGUUAUCGAACCGGGCAAGAUUGGAUAUGCUGUUACUGGCAAAGCAAACCCAGAUGGAUCUCUGUAUAACCCCCACGAUGCGAAGAAGCCCCAAACAACGGGUCGCUUGUAUACAUCGCUCUUUGUCCGACAUUGGGAUGCCUAUGUGGAGCCUCAGAAGAACUCAAUUUGGUAUGGCCUCUUGGAGCAGGCUCCUCUAUCACCUGCUCGCAGAAUGGCUGGCAAGUACUCGGUGUCGGGCCUCACCAAUCUGAUUACAGUUUCUGGGCUGGCUGGUGUUGAAUCACCAAUGCCACCAUUUGGCGGUACUGGUGACUUUGACAUCAGUCCAUCAGCAAUCGUGUUUAUUGGCAAAGACCCCGACCUGAACCCUGCUACACAUACCGCUUGCUCCUGCUACUAUGCGCCUAUGUUUUCCUGGACUAGCAUGGGGACUUCAGAAAUUAAGCCUUGCAAGGUCACUGCGCUUCAGGGUGCCAUGGCUUCUCCAGUUUUGUCUUCAGAUGGUAGCUCUAUUGCUCUCCUCGCGAUGAAGGAGGAUGGAUACGAAUCCGACAAAAAUCGGAUCCUGUAUAUUCCAAACCCAUGGAAUGGGGAGAUGAUCGAGGUUUUUGAAUCUGCUGAUGGAAAGGGACACUGGGACCUGAGCCCCUCUGCCAUCUCAUUUGCCCAUGAUGAUAAGUCGCUAUUUAUUCAAACCGAGGAGGUCGGACGCGGUGUUCUCUAUCAGCUCUCUCUAGAUAAUAUCAGGCACACUAAGCCUGAUUCCUUGAAGAGGCUUACUCGUUCGGGAUACGUGAAUGACGUGGUUCCUGCGGCGGUCGGGUCUUCAAAAUUGUUCAUUUCCAGCAGCAGCUUUGUGGAUAACAGCAUGUGGUCAAUUAUCGACCCCUCAAAUCCUGAGGAGCAUCGCAUCGUCUCAUCCAGUGGACGUGGUGGAUCGGCCUUCGGUCUCUCGCCCUCUCAGGUUGAUGAGAUUUGGUUCCGAGGCGCAGAAGACCACCCGAUUCAUGCUUGGGUCGUGAAGCCUUCUGACUUUAAGCCCGGUGAGAAAUACCCUCUUGCCUAUUUAAUCCAUGGUGGUCCGCAAGGUGCAUGGAACGACCAAUGGAGUACUCGUUGGAAUCCUGCCGUAUUUGCGGAGCAGGGGUAUGUUGUCAUUACGCCAAAUCCUACCGGUAGCACUGGAUAUGGGCAGGAUUUCACUGAUGGGAUUAAGAACCAAUGGGGAGGUCGACCAUACGAAGAUUUGGUGAAGGGUUUCGAGUAUAUUGAACAGAAUCUGGCUUAUGUUGACACAUCACGAGCUGUUGCCUUGGGUGCCUCCUACGGUGGAUAUAUGACGAACUGGAUUCAAGGUCAUCCACUGGGGCGCAAGUUCAAAGCCUUGGUAACUCAUGAUGGUGUCUUCAAUAUUGCAUCUCAGUUGGCCAGUGACGAGCAAUAUUUCCCUCUCCAUGACCUCCAAGGUCCAAUCUGGGAAAAUCCUGAAAAUUGGACUCGAUGGGAUCCGUCCCGUUUCACUGCCCAUUGGCAGACGCCACACCUCAUUAUCCACAACGAACUUGAUUACCGACUAUCGAUUGCGGAAGGCCUAGCAGCAUUCAAUGUGCUACAGAUGCGUGGUAUUGACAGCGCCUUCCUAACCUUCCCAGAUGAGAAUCAUUGGGUUCUAAACCCUGAAAAUUCCCUUCUGUGGCACAAGACGGUGCUGAACUGGAUCAACAAAUAUGUUGAACUGCCUCCAUUCUCUGACGAACCAGACGUUUCGUCGGGUAUGCACAGCCUGGCUCUUUAA